CACCAUUCAGUAUAUAAAUUAACAAUGCACUGCGAUUAUCCAUUGUAGUUUUCGAUCGAACGCUCAUUUUAUCACAUCCAGUCAAUAAACGGAUUAUUUUCGACCAGUUUUAGUUUUAGUUUCAAACACCUCAGUGCCAAUAGUGUUGAUCAAAGUGUGUUGUUUAAGUUUUUUUUCUUGUUAUAACAAGUGAAAACAAACUCACAAAAAGAUUUUAUCCAAUAUGAAAGUAGAAAUAAUACUUCUUGUGUGCACUAUAGCACUUAGCUAUGCAGCUGAGGCGCCUAUCACUCUCACCGAUAUCGAAGCUGCAAAUGCAGUUCCAGUUAGCGGUUCAUCGAGACCUUUGACGAGAAGGGCUCGAUUGAUCGGUGGUAUCGGAGGAGUUGGAAUUAUCGGCGGAAUUGGAAUCGUAGGAGGUGGCGUUAAAGGUCUUGGCGGCUUUGGUGGUGGUCCAGGAUUCUAUGGCCCAGGGUAUGGAGGCGGAUACGGUGGUUAUGGAGGAGGUUACGGCAGCUACGGAGGCUAUAAAGGAUAUGGCGGCUACGGAGGCUAUGGAGGUGGCUAUGGAGGUGGGUAUGGAGGUUAUGGAUAUGAACACGGUAGCUAUCAUCAGGGCGGUGGAUAUGGUUCAUACGGUGGAUACGGACCGGGUGGAUUUGGUGGCGGAUACGGCGGCGGAUACGGAGGUGGCUACGGAGGAGGCUACGGAGGUGGCUAUGGAGGUGGAUUCUUCUAAACUAUAAGAAUGUGUUCUAUUACGAAUUUCAUAGCAAUUGCAAUUAGCUGUAGAUAAAAAUUGUUAAAUUGCCCAAUUGACUCCUACAGGCUAGGAGAAUGGCCGAAAUUGGCCAAGUAAAAAGUAUUAAAAGUCCAACUUUAAAGAUAA